GUGUUUAGUCCUAGUGUUUAAACUAUGAUUACUAAUUAUCAAAUUGUAUCUAAAAAAUUAUUCUGUCAUACUUCUUUUUAAAUAAGAAGAAACCGUGGCAAAACCAUCAUCUUAUGGGUUGUAGGAAACAAUGGUGACUUGCUCGUUUAUGACAAACAGCCCGUACUUUAGCUUAUGGUUGACGGAGGUCAUUGCCUACAGCUGAUUAAAGAUGUUCGAUUUGAUUGGUGUCUACCCAAUUCAAAACAUACGGCGCGAAACGAAGAAUGCGCAAAAGAUAAUGUAUACUCAAUGGUGAAAAUUAAACUAUAAAUUAAACACAACAUAUGCAGAUCCCUAUUCAUAUCAGCUUAUUGACUCACACAUAUCGACGCUGUAACCUCUCUGUAUAACAUACUGGUAGAAUUCUCUACGUGAAAUAAAUAGGGCAACAUAACAAGUAACCAAUUAUUCCUUUUGAUAUUCGUCAAGCAUCACAGAGGUAUAUAAAUUAGUAAGCUGUGUAUGUAAGAUGGAUUGCGUCCUCUGCGAAACAUUCAUGUAUGUCAAUACAGUGAUUUUAAAUGACCUGGCUGGCGUCAUGGUUGCCUUCGUUAUCGUCGUCUUCUUUAUUCCUAUUGAUGCUCCUAUUGGUAGUUUCGGUAAGGAACUGUCUUACUCCCUUGUGCACACGUAUUUAAACUGUGACUGCGUUACGAUUCUGUCGUUGUCCAAUUAGCUUUGCGUGAUGGGUAAGCGUCGAAAUUAGGCACCGCAAAAGAAAGUCAAUAGGUCAAUGUAGAAGUGCAAUAUCAAACAACGCAGAACGACAAGUGGUCUGCUGGCGUUGGACAGAUGUCACUCUUGUUGUGGUUGCCGCUGCUGCUGCCUGUUGAUGUGAUUUGUAAUCUGCUACUUUGCUGUCGAAUUCGUUUAUUCUUACGUUCGUAUACCGUGAUGGCGCCAUGGUGGUCAGCUCCUUGAUCCUCGAGGCUCUUUUGUCGACAGCCUCCAACGAGAAUGGAUCUCCACGGUACCAUCGACACGGCACUUUCUCAAUUCCGCGAUAGAGAAAUACAGGAAAGUGAUAUGAUUGGGAUGGCGGGAUUUGUCCUCCAUUCGUACAAGCGUCCCCUAACCGAAACCGACGGCCAGAUCAUCAAGAAGGCCAGAAUGACGAUCAAGGACGUGUGUGGGCAAAAGGACCAGAAUAGCGAAUGUGCCGUUAACAAUGUGUCCUCACCGACGACACACCCAACACUGUUCAUGUUUACCGAACAGGACAUUAGAGAUGAGCACGUGGUCAAAAUCUGCUCGGAGCUUGAGUCCAUUCAAGAAACUGUGAGUGAGGUAGACGUAACGUCCUGUGAUGAUGCGGUGCUUACUAAUGGCGAUGACGUCACUUCGAAGCUGGAAGAUGGCAGCGUCAGUAGUUUGAGCAGUUCGGAUGCCCGUAGUUCUGCGUCAGUGAAUUCGCUGAGCGGGCUCCGACGGGACCCUGAGAUUGACAAAGCGCUUCAGCAAAAAAGAAAACCUCUUUACAUUGAUAUCCAUUUGAGUAGUCCAGAUAGCGUGAUGAAGGACACCGUGUGGGAUGAAGAUCAGUACAAAGUUGAGAUUAUUGCGAACUUGCUGCAACGCGAACGGAAUCGCAUACCAUUGUCUUGCCAUUCUGCUUAUAUCGAACAUCGGGAGAAAAUUCUUGCUUGGAUGCUAAACGCCGCGAAAACUCUAAAGCUUUCCAUCGAAGUGAUACAGUUAGCUAUCUACUUCUAUGAUCGAUUCGUCGACCACGCCAACAGGCUAUUUCUAGGUGACAAACUCGAAAUGCAAGUCCUGACUUGUCUACAGCUAGCUGCGAAAUCGAUCGAAUGGGAUCAUCAUAUUCCUCGUGGAUCCGAUCUGAAUGCGCUUCUCGUCUGCCCGUACGAGUUAAGCGAAUACGUUCGCGCCGAAAGGCAGAUGUUGCUGUUUUUCCAAUGGAACGUUUCUGUUCCGGUGCUGAGCACAUUUCUUGGUUUUUUCCGUGAAUACCUAUUGGAGAACGUGAAACAUCCACAGACCAGAAAAAGUUUGCGUGAUCUUGCCGAGUAUUUCGAGAAAGCAACACUUUAUCAUAUCAUCCUUCAAAGCCUACCCUGUUCGCUGCUGGCUGUAGCGGUUGUCGUGGCCUGUCGCACUCUCAUGGAGGUACAGCCUUUCUUUCCCGUAUCACUGCGUGCGAUCCUACCUGACGAAGAGCAUCAGCAAAUGUAUUGGGCGGGAUUCCUAAUAAGUUCAAUCGAAAGGGAUCGCACUGGAGAGGGCUUUAAGUUACGCUCACAAUUUGGACUUCCAUCACAGCGGCCAUCAUUAUCCAGAUUGUCUUCCCGAGCACUUCCGUCUAGUGCAGCUAAUCUGAAGCUAAGGUCGAACAGCAAUCAACCUACCCAUGGCGUUCACUCAAUUGCGCGAUGUUACUUACCGAUAAAUCCGCCUCCGAUUAAUUACGCGUUUUCUUCUUCCAUUACGUUAUCAAACUACAGACCAGCGCGAAAUCGAAAGAAGCCAGUUGCCCUGAUAAGCCACGACAUAUCCACUAGACCAUAUUCCAGCAACAUGGCUCUAGUGAAGAGUUAUCGACGCAAUAAACAGUUUGCACAGCCGGCGGUGUCAGCACCUCCGGUGUCCUCUCUUAGUUCGAGGACGGUUCAGGAAAGAUUUUGAAAAAGCUACACACGCUUCAGCAAGAGGUCGAAUGUCUGACUGCUCUUGUCCCACACGAACCGUAAUGGAAACCUUAAACUGCAGCAUAUUGCGCAGAGAACUACGCCAGUCGGCGAGCGUUCGAUGACAAUAAGCAGGCAAUAAAUGGAAGCUACCAAAAAAUCAAAACGAUUUCAAGAAAACUGCACUAAACAAGACUUUAGUGUAGGCGCAGAGCAGAGAAAUGCUCUGGAUCUCUAAUCGUCUCAUACAGUUGAUCUCAUCAUUUUGUCGGAAUCUCAAUGACAACCUAGAUUCUUUUGACUUAGUUAAUCCUCUCAUUUGCAAAAAAAAAAACGUUCUGGAAAAACCCUGCUGUAAAAAUAGAAAUUUUGUUACUGUUAAAAACAAAUGAUUGUAACGAUGAUGUUGCGUAUCGUUGGAUAUUGAAUGUUUCAUCAAAACGAGUUGUCAUCUUGCAGCGAGUUAGAAUCAGCUUACUUGCCAUGUUGUUAGUCUCCUUGAGUUUCUGUUUUUAUGAAAAUCAAAGGAGCACACUUGCAUUGACAGGUUGCUUGCUUAGAAGUAAAGACUUCUCAAGGCGAAUUGGAUUAUAUCACUCUAUGUCGAAGAAGUUUCACAUGUUAUAUGUCGGGCCAGUGAUAUGUUACCUAGUGGUAUGGUCAAAUGAUGCUAUUGCGCGGUUAUCUUGUAUCGUGUUAUUUUUGUGUAUCGAUUGUAUACAUUAGUGAUGGUAUGCUACUUUGGGAUUAUGUAUUUCAUGAAGAAACUGCACGUAUCUAAUCUGCCUUUCAGAGAGGUAGUUACAAUAUACGCAUGAAAUAAGGCUACUUUUCUAGCUUUGCUUCAAUAUGCAUAUACUGGACAAAACUUAUUCCCCCCAAGAUCUCACACUAAAAGACCGAGGAGUUGCCUAAGCUGAAAUAUGAUGUAUAUACCUGCACUUCAACCAGGAUUCUAUUAGUAAAUAUAUAGACUUAUAUGUACUAUUAUAGUACAUAUAGGUAUAUAUAUAUAUAUUAGUAUUUGACACUUAUUUCUUCAUGAAGGACGCACGGAUUGACUUAAUCGCAAAAGGGUUGGAUUCCAAAAUGUAUUUUUGAGAUACGUCAGUGUUUUUCACAAUUUUUCCAAUAACAUGCGUAGCAGAGCUGAGUAUUACAGAUAUAAAUGGUAUCUAUAAUAUUAUUGAUACAAAACAACGGAAAUGAUACGCAAGAGCAGUUAUCAAAUUGUUUUUCCUUUUUCAUUCUUUAUUUACACUAAUCAUGAACAGAAUGAUGACAGGAGCAAAGCGGUUGAGCCUAAUCAAGUCGAUAACUGAAAUCCAUCCAAACACAAAGUAGAAGGAUAGGAAAAAGAAAAAUAGAAAAAAAAUAUAUAUAUAUAUGAUUGCUGCAUAUGUAUAUUAUUAAAAUGUCAUUGUAACUAUUUAGCGUUUUAGUUGAAGACACGUUAUUUUCAUUAUAUUCGUUUGUUUUAUAGGGCUAGGAUAUAAUAUCAAGUUUACAGAACCCCCCAUGAUUACUGAGUAUCAAGCUCUACACUGGAUAGCAAGUGACGCAUCUUGACAAAAUUAAUUUCGCUGUUAACAAUAGCGAAGUAGCAUACUAUAAUCAUGUUUAACGGUAUAACAGAAGUUCUUUAGCAUCGUCACAGACAGUCGAAAUGCCCGUACAUAAACUAGCUAAUUUUAUUAUAUAAACUAGCCUUGUGAAAUUUGUCAUCUAAUGUUUAUGAAUUCUGUAUAGUGCACCACACAUACAGUAUUCAUAGCAGCACUGAGUAAGCGAGCUUUCUAGAAAUGUAAGUAUAGUUCAUAAGGGAGCCCAUACUUUUAGUGGAUUGCGCUAAAAAUAUACGAUGGAUGGUUAAAGUACCCUACAAUAAAUUUAUAUGUUGCUGUGAAUCAGCAUUAGACCUUCA